CAGGAAAUCAAUGAAGGGACUAAUAAGGAAGUAGGAGAGGAACGUUCACAUGGAAUCGUCUCCAUCAAGACAUACGUUAAUUAUUUCAAAGCUGGAGGUGGAUAUGUAUUCACAUUAAUAUGUAUUGCACUCUUAUUCAUAUCUGAAGCAAACGUUGUUGCUACAGAUUGGUGGGUAGCUGACUGGUCACAGUGCUCUGUCCUUAAUCACUCCACAUGUUCUUUGAGUAAAUUUGAGAGGAUUCAGAUAUACAGUGGUCUUGCUGCUAGUGUCAUACUACUAUCGUGUGCUCAGUCUUUAUUAUUGGCAGUAUUGCUAGUGAGAGCCUCCCGUGUCCUUCACAAUAAGAUGUUUUCUCACGUCCUGAGAGCUCCAAUAUACUUCUUUGAUACCAAUCCUAUUGGUCGUAUAUUGAAUCGAUUUUCAAAGGAUGUGGGUUUCAUGGAUGAUUUAUUAGUGAAGACAUUCACUCGAUUCUCUUUGUUGUUCAUUAGAUGUUUGUCUUUAUUCUUGUCGGCUAUAGCAGCUAAUUAUUAUCUUGCUCCUGGUUUUUUAUUUGUCUGUGUGGUAUUUUUAAUCAUUAGAUGGUAUUACAUUAGAACUGCUAGAGAUGUGAAGAGACUAGAGGCUUUAGCUCGUAGUCCAAUAUACUCUCAAUUGUCAUUGACACUCCAAGGAUUAUCAACAAUUCGCUCAAACUCAAUGCAAUCUGUGAUGAUAGAGAGGCUCCAUGAAUAUCAGAAUAGGCACACACAGGCUUGGUAUCUCUUCACUGCAUCAUCAAGGUGGUUUUCAAUGCGUCUUGAUAUUUUGGGUUUCAUGUUUGCAACGGGAACCUUACUGUCAGCAGUUGCAUUAUCAAACACAUUCAAUUCAGCAUUGCUGUCGUUGUCAUUAACAUAUGUAUUAUCAGUCACAGAUUUAGUGUCUUACUUUCUCAGAACUAGCACUGAUGUUGAGGGUCUUAUGGUGUCUCCAGAGCGUGUAAUGGCUUAUGGUAAAUUAGAAGUUGAGCCACCACUUGAGACAAAGCCUCCAUCACCUCCUCUUCCUGAUGGCUGGCCCAAUAAAGGAAGCAUAACAUUCAAUGAUUUGUGUUACAGUCAUUCAUCUGAUGGGCCUCUAGUACUAAAGAAUGUAUCAUGCGUGAUAAAAUCUGGUGAAAAGGUUGGUAUAGUAGGCAGAACUGGUGCAGGGAAGACGUCAUUAGUGUCUGCAUUAUUUAGACUAGCACCAAUAGCUGAAGGGAGCAUUGUUAUUGAUGAGGUUGAUGUGACACUACUUGGCCUUCAUGAUCUACGUAGGAACAUGUCCAUAAUACCUCAAGAUCCAGUUUUGUUUGGAGGCACAGUCCGUUAUAAUCUCGAUCCUUUUAGCGUGUACAAUGAUACUGAGUUGUGGAGAGCUCUAGAACAAGUUCAGUUAAAGGUAGUAGUGGAAGCUCUUGAUGAUGGACUACUAGCAUUGGUCAACGAGGGAGGAAGCAACUUCAGUGUAGGCCAGAGACAGCUCUUCUGUUUAGCAAGAGCUCUUUUAAAAAAGAAUCUGAUCCUAAUACUUGAUGAAGCUACUGCUAAUGUUGACUUGAAGUAA